ACCCCUACAUCCAACUUUAACAACACACAUUAUCUCUCCCCUUUUGUUUUCUCAUUUGUGAGAAAGAGAGAAAUAAAGAUGAAGAUCAACAAGUUUGAUACUAGUUUAAUUAGUUUAAUUAGUAGCAAUAAACUUGAGAGUUUUCUUUCAUGCAACAUAAUAGCUCGUCUUCGCCAGUCCACAAAGGGUCUGACUAGGUUGUCUUUUCGCCUUUUAGUCCUUGAACUCAACCCUUUUUGGAUCCAACUUGCCUAUUUUGUAAUCUUAUCUUUUUUUGGUUAUGUGGCUCUCAAAAUCUCUAAACCAAGAACUUCUUUGAAACCCAAAGACCUUGAUCUUUUCCUUACAUCCGUGUCUUCCGCCACGGUUUCGAGCAUGGGAACGGUGGAAAUGGAGGUCUUCUCCAACACUCAGCUUGUUAUCAUGACCAUUUUGAUGCUAACAGGUGGUGAGGUCUUCGUUUCUAUGCUCGGAAUUCAACUCUCAAGAUUCAAGCUCACCAAAAGUAGUGGUGGCAUAGUUGAAGCCUCCGAUCUUAGUAGUACUAGUACUGCUGAUCAUCAAAUGAUUGAGUUGAGUUCUGUUCCUACUCCAAUAAAAGAGAAUAAGAAUCUAGAUAUUGAAAUCCAAAAAGACAACAAAAAUUCCAUGCCCAUAGAUGGUAUGACAAAGUACAAUUCUAUCAAAUGUUUAGGCUAUGUGGUUUUGGGUUAUAUGUUGGUGGUCCAUAUAUUUGGUUACACUUUAGUUACCAUGUAUACAACCUUGGUACCAUCUGCUAAUCAAGUUCUCAAAAACAAAGCCAUCGAAAUACCAACAUUUGCAGUCUUUACAGUAGUAUCUACAUUUGCAAACUGCGGUUUCGUCCCCACCAACGAAAACAUGAUUGUUUUCAAGAAGAAUUCAGGGCUUUUGCUUAUCCUAAUUCCUCAAAUCCUCGUUGGUAACACUUUGUAUCCAAGUUGCCUUCGGUUUUCGAUAUGGUUUUUGUGGAAAACAACAAAGAGAAAGGAGUUCGAUUACAUGUUGAGAAACUACGAAGAGAUGGGAUAUAGUUCUUUGCUAUCUGCUGUUCAUUCUUCUCUUCUUGCAGUGACCGUGUUCGGUUUCAUGUUAGUGCAGUUCGUACUGUUCUGUGCUCUGGAAUGGAACUCGGAAAUCAUGGAUGGUCUGAAUCCUUACCAGAAAUUGAUGGCUUCCUUGUUUGAGAUAACGAAUUCGAGACAUACAGGCGAAUCGGUCUUCGAUCUCUCCACUAUUACUCCAGCGAUUUUGGUGCUCUUCGUUGUAAUGAUGUAUCUCCCACCACAUACAUCAUUUUUUAGCACAGAGGAUCAAAACAAGUUAUCAAAAAACAGAAGACAAAACCACUCUCCCUCAGAGAGGAAAAGUUUCGUUGAGUGUAUGGUAUUCUCACCACUCUCUUAUAUAUCUAUCUUUGUAAUUCUCAUCUGUAUCACAGAGAGAGCAAAGAUGAAGAAAGAUCCACUCAAUUUCAAUGUAUUGAACAUCGUUAUUGAAGUAGUAAGCGCAUAUGGAAAUGUUGGGUUUUCAACCGGUUACAGCUGCAAACGACAAUUGCAACCCGAGAGUGAUUGCAUAGACAAAUGGUAUGGCUUUGCUGGUAGGUGGAGUGCAAAGGGAAAGUCUAUUCUCAUUCUUGUGAUGCUUUUUGGAAGGCUAAAGAAGUUCACCUUACAAGGGGGUAAAGCUUGGGUACUAUCAUGAAAGAUCUUUAAUUGUCUUGUUCAUAUGAACAAUAAUGCGUCAUAAUCUUCUUUUGGUUUUUGGCGAAUGUAGCCUAUCUUAAUCUUGUUCAUAGGAGAAAAGUCUUCUAAAACUUGUACAUAGGACGAGCGUAAGUCUGUUAGAUAUGAAUGUCAAUAUAAGCUAACUUUUAAGCUAUGAUACCAUCGAGUUGGAAUGCAAUAUCGUUUGUUGACUUCAAGCAAAUUCUGUAAGAUAUUUGCAAAGUGAACCUAUGAAGCCUUUGAAAAAAUAUUAAUGAAGUAAAAAAUGUAGACCUUAGAGGGAAUUUCAGAAAAAGAAUGACUAGGCUACAAUAGUUGGUAAAACGUGGUAAGAAUGUGGAGUACUGAAUGUUGCUACAACAGGUUUCAAACUCUUAAGUAUGACAAUGAAACACAAAUAAGAGUAUAGAUGUAAUUAGGUUGA